GACCGAUGCCCGAUACAGAGCCAUGUUCAUGUGGAAAAAUACUCGUUGAAGUGGUUGGCAAAAAAUUGUAAAUUUUCUACCAACUAUAAAGUAUUUCAUGAUUGGGUGUUAACCAUACUAGUCAUUUAAACAAGUGGUUUAAUUUUCGUUUAAAACAAUGAAUUUUUCUUGGUGAAUUAAAUUAUAAAUCUGUGCUCCUUCGUUAAACUUUUUUUCUUGCCAGAUAGUAUACAUUUGUGGUGAAUCGCAUGAUCAUUAUACAAAAUGAAUCUCAUACCAGCUUUAUUGCUUUUUCAAUCAAUAGUUCUAAUUCAUACAGUAUUAGGAAUUGCUCCAUCUCCUCCACGUAUUGUUAAGCAACCGCCCACCGGUGAAUUAUUGUUUCAAGUAGCUACAAAUGCGACAGAAAAUGACAGACCUUUUUUCAUUGAAUGUGAAGCUGAAGGAGAACCAGUCCCAACAUAUCACUGGAUUAAAAAUGGUAAACCUUUCGAGUGGAAUGUUUUUGAUGAUCGUAUAUCUCAACAGCCUGGUCGAGGAACUUUGGUGGUAAACCAUCCUAGAAACGAAGAUCUCGGUCAGUAUCAGUGUUUUGCGAAGAAUACUUGGGGUAUAGCUACAUCGAAUUCGGUUUUCCUCCGUAAAGCUGAAUUGAAUUCGUUCAACGGAGGACAGCCCACUUUAAAAGAAGCACGCGAGGGUGAACCGUUUAGAUUAUCGUGUCAGCCUCCUGAUGGUGUGCCGAAGCCGAAUGUCUACUGGCUAAUACAAGAUGCCAGUGGUCAGUUUAUAAACAUUAACAAUCCCCGGAUAACAUUGGAUCCCGAAGGUACCUUAUGGUUUUCAAAUGUCACCAGAGGCGAUGAGUACGAAGAUGCGAUGUAUGCUUGCGCAGCUACUUCGCAUUUCAGAAAUGAAGUUAAACUUGGAAAUAAAGUAAUAUUAAAAGUACAUCAAACUGGUUCAGCUCCAGGACAAAACAAAAUUCCUCCGGUACGGCAGUACAUGACUAGAAGAAAAGAAGUCGCGAUACGGGGUAAAAAAGCACAAUUAUAUUGUAUUUUCGGUGGAACACCUUUGCCUCAAACCGUUUGGUCUAAAAAUGGUAAAGCUUUAAUCACUUCGGAUCGCAUUUCGCUAGGAAACUAUGGUAAAAGCAUAGAAAUCAAGCAUGUCACGCAGGAUGACGAAGGAGAUUAUACUUGCGAAGUUAGCAACGGUGUCGGUGAACCGCAAUCGUACACCAUUAAUUUGGUCGUUUUAGUCGAACCCUAUUUUACGGAAGAACCAGAAAACGUUCAUGCUGCCGAGAAUGAAACUGCCGAAUUUUAUUGUGAAGCUUCUGGAGACCCGGAACCGCAAAUUUAUUGGAUAUAUAACGGAAAACCUAUAUCAGAAGCACCACCAAAUCCUAGACGCAAAAUUUCUACUAAUUCUAUCAUAAUCGAAAGAUUACAAAAAACUGAUACUGGCAAUUAUGGUUGUAACGCUACCAACAGCUUGGGAUAUAUUUACAAAGACGUAUUUGUCAAUGUAUUUAGCCUGAAGAAGAUAAGUCAUCAUCAGAAUUGACACCCAGACUAAAAUUUUGACCUAAAAGUGUGUUUUUUUAAAUGCAAAUUCUUUGUGACUUCACUAAUUUUAUAAACCUCAAAGUGUUUUUUUUUGGUGAAUUUUUCAAAUUUUAUGAAUUUUUUUUGUAUGCAAAAUAUUUCCUAAAAAAUGCCAAAAUAUGCGUUUAUAUGCUUUUAUGGUGAAAUAUGCCAAAAUAUGCUCUAACGAAUUAGGCUCAUUUUACUUGAAAUUUCAUGAAUCCUGGAGAUACCUAAUUGAAAAAUUCAAAAAUAUUUAUUUUUCCCUAUAAUUAACACAUUGUGAAAAGCAUAACCCCCAACCCCCCUUUGAUCCAUUUCACUGAUGACUUGAGACUACCUGCUUAGAAAUUCUACAGCUAUCCACUCAUCUAAAAUUCUUGAAUAUUACACACUUAACUCGCUGUCAAAUUUCAAAAGACAAAAUUUUGAUAGAAAUUAAAAUACCCAUAAUCAAGAAAAACUCAUCUUAGAAGUUAUACAAGCAUAUCUCGAUUUUUUUUCAUAAAUCGGGCUCAUUUACUUCACUUUUUUUCAAUUUUUUUUUUAGAAACACUAUUUAUUUUUAAUUAUUAUUUCUAUUCAAUUGAUUCUUCCUUUUGUCAAUUUUCAAGACUCAGAUAUUUUAAACAUAUUCUCAAGUUGUUUUCAAUACUUUCUAUAAUUUUUUUCCUACCUUUGAUAUUUUGUAAAUAAAUCAUUUAUUAAUUAAUCAUAGAUUAAAUUAUUUACUAUCCACCUACUAAUACAAAGUAUUUUGAGUCUAUAUGUACAGCUUAGAUGCAAUUUCGAAAAAUUAAGCUGAAAAAGUUCCAUAAAAAUACUACCAAAAUAUUGGAUCAAUGAAUCAGUCUUCCUAUUAGUUUAGACCUAAGCUAACCUUCUGUGUUUCUAUGCAAAAGUACCUUAUUAUACAUAUAAAUCAAAGUUUGUGCUUUAUUUAUUAAAGUGAAUUAAAGCAAA